GAAAUCACUCCCCUGGUGACAUUUGCCAUUGACGCGAACAGUGAUUCCGACACAGCUAUCGCCCACCACUUUGCCAGUGAUUACUCAGAGAAAAGCAAAGUUAAAGCAAAAGCUGAAGUUGUAGCAGCAAAAAUGGCUCUGAAACUGUUGGUUGGUCAAAAGAUCAUGAAUGAGGUCGUCCGCAGCAAGACGAAAUCGGACGGCAAACCUGGUACGGAAUGGAGAAUCCUAAUCGUCGACAAGCUGGCCAUGCGUAUGGUUUCGGCGUGCACCAAAAUGCACGAAAUCAGCGCGGAAGGUGUCACCUUGGUAGAAGACAUCAACAAGAAGCGGGAGCCUCUGCCGGCGAUCGAAGCGGUCUACCUGAUUACGCCGUCAGAGGAUUCGAUACGUUUGUUGAUGCGGGAUUUUGAGAAUCCUGCCAAACCGACAUACAAGGCGGCACACGUGUUCUUCACCGAGGUCUGUCCGGAGGAGCUGUUCAACGAUAUCUGUAAAUCGGUCGUAUCCAGAAAGAUUAAAACGUUGAAGGAAAUCAACAUUGCUUUUCUGCCGUACGAGUCGCAGGUGUACUCACUUGACUCGCCCGUCACCUUCCAAUGUGCGUAUUCGCCCGCGCUUGCGUCGGCUCGCAGCGGCAACAUGGAGCGCAUUGCCGAACAAAUUGCCACCCUAUGCGCGACGCUCGGGGAAUAUCCGUCCGUUCGUUACCGUAGCGAAUGGGAUGGCAACGUGGAGCUAGCCCAAAUGGUGCAGCAAAAGCUGGACGCGUACAAGGCGGACGAGCCGACGAUGGGCGAAGGUCCGGAAAAGGCCCGCUCGCAGCUGCUGAUUCUCGACCGUGGGUUCGAUUGCGUUUCGCCGCUGCUGCACGAGCUAACGCUGCAGGCGAUGGCGUACGAUCUGCUGCCCAUCGUGAACGACGUGUACAAGUUCAUCCCGUCGCCGAAUGCGGCCGAGAAGGAGGUGCUGCUGGACGAAAAUGACGAUCUGUGGGUGGAUCUGCGCCAUCAGCACAUUGCGGUGGUGUCGCAGAGCGUGACGCAGUACUUGAAGUCGUUCACCGAAUCGAAACGUCUCACGCAGAGCGAAAAACAGUCCAUGAAGGAUCUGUCGCAGAUGAUCAAAAAGAUGCCCCAGUACCAGAAGCAGCUGUCCAAGUACUCGACCCAUCUGCACCUGGCCGAGGAUUGCAUGAAAUCGUACCAGGGGUACGUCGAUAAGCUGUGCCGCGUGGAGCAGGAUCUGGCCAUGGGUACGGACGCGGAGGGCGAGAAGAUCAAGGAUCACAUGCGCAACAUUGUGCCGAUCCUGCUGGACCAGAACGUUUCCAACUACGACAAGGUGCGCAUUAUCGCGCUGUACGUCAUGAUCAAGAACGGCAUCUCGGAGGAGAAUCUGACCAAGCUGGUCACGCAUGCACAGAUCGACCAGAAGGAGCGCGAGAUGAUCCACAACCUUAUCCAUCUGGGUAUCAACGUUAUUGCAGAUGGCAAUCGCAAGAAAUCGUACACCGUGCCGAGAAAGGAGCGCAUCAACGAACACACCUACCAAAUGUCCCGCUGGACACCCGUCAUCAAGGACAUCAUGGAGGACGCGAUCGACAACAAGCUGGACGAGCGUCAUUUCCCCUUCCUCGGUGGCAGAAAGAUGGCCGGCUUCCAUGCGCCAACCAGCAGUAGUGCACGCUACGGCCAUUGGCACAAGGACAAAUCGCAAACGGCGGUUAAGAACGUACCGCGCCUAAUUAUGUUUGUGGUCGGAGGCUGCAGCUAUUCGGAGAUUCGCUGCGCGUACGAGGUCACGGCCGCCGUCAAGAACUGGGAGGUGUACAUCGGCUCGUCCCACAUCCUGACGCCGGAAACCUUCCUCAGCGAUCUGGGCUCGCUCAACAAAGAGUAAGGUGGAUCGGGCAGUGCAAUUCAGCCGCUAGGGGGGUGGAGGCGAUGGAGCUGCGCCGAUUUAACACCGUUCGCUUUCCUUGUGAUCCUCAGACCGUGUUCGAAUUGCUGUUCUACCAAGAGCGGAACAGUAUGACAGUAUGACAGUCAUAAAGAUGAUGAGUAUUCUAUUUGUUAUCUGUUAAGAAAAUGAAUGCACGACUCCCGUUCGAGCAAACUCCCACACACUGACACAAAGCCACAGGUUCGGGUUAGGGGUGCCAUACAACCGAAACACCGAUCGAGAAGGGAGUUAAAUUUGAAGUUUGUAAACUUACAAAACUCUGCGCAGAGUGCGAAGGAGGGAGAUAUCAACCCGGUCUGAGGAAUGCAUCUGAUAAUAAUCAAUGAGACAGAUUUUGCGUUUCUUUCCCCGUUGGCAUUUUGCAAGCUCUUUUAGACUAUUUAAUGGUACAUUCCUUUGCAAAGGAAAACGAUUGUGAUUUGCUUCCGUUUCUUGCUUUAUUAUGGAGGGAGAGUGGCGCGCAAGGUAACUGCGUAAGCACUCUCGCGUAUUGUUGCGUUCCUCUAUUAUGCCGUUUAGUACGUUUCAUGAUUCCCGUCGGAAACAAAGUGUACGCUGGAUGGUACGCAUCACGUUUCCGGGAUUGUUUCGCUACUUGUUGUUACUUGUGUGGAUAGUCAUAUUGGAUUUUAAUCGUUUAUGUUAUAAGCUAUGGUUUUAUUAUCGAUUGUGCAGCAUGCACAUACAAUCAUCUUAUUAGCCAAUUACAUCGAAGCGAAGUUAGGAGGGUUAGUUUCCGUUGCAUUAGUUCGGCCAACCGUUGGUCGCAGUUACAGUUUUCAACCAUUCGCUUUCGGUUUAACUUGCAAGAAGUAUUAGCAGCGAUGUGAGUGGGGAGAAAUAUCAAAAGCAAUGUAAUGAAAUGAAACAAAAUGGCAUCAUGCACGAGUCAAACACACAUUCAAAAUAAUAAUAAUAAUAAUAAUGCGCCAGCGCUUGGAUCAGCAAAACAUAAGUUGUGCGGAAACAUUUACCACAAAGUCACAUUAGCAUAAAUAUACACCAGACGAAAUAGGGAUAAGAAAUACGACAAAGAGAGAGAGAAAGAGAGAACAAAAACAAAUCACAAAACCCCUCAAACACAAACACACAUUAAAAGCUAUAUUAACGUGAAGAAGUUCAUAUAUCAUAGCGAUUAGGAAUGGGCUGAAAAAGAUGUGAACAAGUUAAUGCUAAAUUAUUGAUUAGUUUUUAAAAACAAAACACCACACGCGCGCACGCAUGUUGCAGAUCUAAUUAUGGAAUUCUUCGUCUGGCGCGUCCCGCAGUCGAUGAAGGGUGUGGGAAGAGGCGCACCGCUGCGGUACGGUGCUGCAUUGUAUGCGCAGAAGCUUCCGGCUUAAUUGAUCGAUACCAUUCAACGUAUCGAUUGAAUAGUUUUGAGCUGCUUCUGAAGCAUGCUUUUCUUCUUCUUCGUCCCGCUUUGCCUGCGAAUGCGAUGUGAUCGGCAAAGGCGUGUAACCAAAGAGCACAGUGCACACAGCCACACAGACACAUUCUCCCUUAUAAUGGUACACAACUACAAAUUCGAUCUACGAACACGUGUUUGCAGCGUUUGCUUGGUGAAAUUGGGAAAAUUAAAGUGGAAACCGCGUUCAGCUUUCGGCAAAGAGGGAUGCUUGAGAAAUUACAAACACUUGAGAGAAAAAUUACACUAAGUUAAAUGCUAUAUUUAUUGUACUUGUCUGUAUCGUUUCUUGUUGAACGAUCGAACAAAAAAAAAAGAGAAGAUAUGCUAAGAUCACAAAUCGCGAGUACAUCAGAAGGAAGAAUGUUGUAUAAAAUUUAUCAGUUUGAAGGAAUGUUACAAAACGCAUCGUAAUGCGGAAACCAAACCAAACGUAUAUAGCAACAUACUUACUACCCAUAUAUUUAUCUUCUAUUGUCUUGGAAUGUUUGGAGCGGAGCAGAUGUUACGGGUGUGUGUGCAACUUCCGAACAGAAGAAGAACUAGCAUGAGCAAUCUCUCUUCGGCUGUGCAUCGCACACGGCACGACGCUCUGCGCCAGGAACAAGCGGAACCCGGAACCCAGAACAAUAAAACAACUCUCCAACAAUAAUGUUCUGCCAUUGAUUGGUCGUAGGUCGCAGUGAAGAGCAAAACACACAGAGAACAGAGCGGAACAGACAGCAGACCCCCUGUACACAAUAACACACUUCUAUCUAAAAUCUUCGAGCGUUCAAUUAUUAAACUAAUAGCAUAUUUAAUAUACUCUUGUGUGCAUUUGGGAAGAAUCAACGCGAAGAAAGAAACUGACAUUCGAAAACACGAUCCCUGCGGACUAUGGUUUUAAGUACGAAAAUCAAAGUGGAAAACAGAUGCAGGAGAGAAGAUCCAAUACAUGGAUUGCAAAACGAGCCUGUUGCGUUGAUAGAUCGUGCAGAGUAGGAGUACGAUUUGUCACCACCAAAUCUUUCCCCGGGAGAGUGCCAGCAGCGCCAAUAGGUGUGAUCCGAGUGGAAUGUAAUUCCUCGGCACACUAGCAGCAUAACCUUAAUUACCACCCCACCAAUUAUUUAGAUCAGAAACGACGGGUUUUCGAAAGUCCCGGCAGCGAAGAGCGGUUUCUUUGCGUUGAUUCUUCGUGAUGAAAAAAAAACAAAACAAACAAAAACAAAAAAGAUAUGGAACGUUGUUAGUGUGUGGCAUUGUAAUGGUGCGAUUAGAGGGAAGAGAAAGGAAGGAAGGAGAAUGAUGAUGAUCAUUCAAGGUGCAGAGGAAAAGUUGGCUUGUAUUUUAGUUGUAUUUUGGCUUCCUCCAGUUUCCUCCAGUUUCAUAGCAUAGACAAUUACAUUUAAUAAAUACUUAUCCGAAUGAAGAA